AUGGAUAAAUAUUGGAAUCUAAAUGGAGGCCACGGCCUGAUUGUGCGCACCGCCUUCCGGACCGGACAAUUCGUCUUCGCAAUUGUGGCCGCUGGUCUCUACGGCGCCGACCUGGCGUAUUUCUCCCGCACAAAUACAAAGGCAGAUGGCACAUGGAUAUUUGCGGAAGUUCUCGUCGUUUUCUCCGUUGUCCUAUGCGCGGCUCAUUGCAUAUUCACCAUAAAACACCUAAUGUGGUCUUUGUUGGACAGUUUCCUGGCUCUCAUGUGGAUGGUGGUGGCCAUACUCGCUGGGCAGGCAGCCUUUGGGGAUGGGCUCGUCUCGGGUGUCAGUGCAAAGAACACUCACGCCAUGGCUUUGCUUUGGAUCGACCUGAUCAAUAUGGUGCUAUGGUUGGCCACUCUAGUGGAAGCAUCGCUACUCUGCUGCACCGCACGUACAGUUAGGAGGAAAUUGGAGAAUCUGGAAAUGGAUACAUCAGAAGAGUCCAGGUCUGCCUAA